CCUGCUGCCCAGGAGCGUGUGGAACAAAACAAUGCAUGCGAUUAAAAUAUUCGUGCCCACGCACACGUUGCAUGUUACUGGGUGGGCGCCGUCGUCGUAGGUGUCGCUAUGGAUUCAGGAGGGACAAAUACGGAUGCCUAACUUGCACGUGUAAACGGAGGCCAGCGGGGCGGUGUCCAGCGGUCAGACAGCGGUGCAGGAGAGUAAACAUGAAAUCUCAAUGUUCUAAAUAUCGGAGCUGUCCACGUGGAUUGACCUGCUGUCCAGGAGUCUGUGGAAUAAAACGAUGCUUGCGAUUAAAACGUAAGUUAAAUAUAUUUAAAGCCACAGAUUCUCCCCCACUACACCCUCUUAUUUCUCCCCCGAAUUAUGUCGCAUUUGCUCCGGCACACACGUAAAUACAUAUAAAAAGGAACUUUAAAACGUGAUGUGAAAACAAUUUACUUCUUUAAAAGACAACCAAAAAAAACCCAAGAAAAAAACAAAAAAAACAACAACAAAACCACACAAAAAACAACACCAACCCUAAAACCCCAAACCAACACAAUCCGAACC